GAAAUGGUUAAUCCUAGUCAAGGGAGUUUAGACAGCACAACAACAGAUUUCUUUAACAUUUCAAAUAUUGUUUAAAUGUGUGAAAGCAUAAAGAUCAGAAUGUCUAGUCAUAACAUGAACUUGCCAGGAGACUUUUGUACAAAAUAAAUUAUGUUGCGUGCGCCAAAUAGUCACUGGUGAAUAAGAUAAACGGAGUGUGUAUUUCCCUGCUCUACAACCCCUGUUGCCUUUGCUCUGACUGUUCUGUACAGUAUCCUUGAACCUCAAGGUGAACUGGGCAGGGCUGGAACCUGAUCUGUGUUACUGCAGAAACCACAUCCUAGGGUUCUAAAUCAGGCUAAAUCAUCCAUACAUUGACAGUAUGAGACCGUGCUGCAGCUAAAGCCAGAUGCACAGUUACACACACACACACACACACACACACACACACAUGCAUACGCACACUCACGCACGCACACGCACGCACACGCACACACACACACAUACACAUGCACACACAUGCAUACGCACACUCACGCAUGCACACGCACACAUACACACACACACACACACACACACACACACACACACACACACACACGCACACGCACACGCACACACACACACACACACAUACACACGCUUGCACAUGCAUACGCACACUCACACACACACACGUACACACACACACACACGUACACACACACACACACACACACACACACACACGUACACACACACACACACACACACACACACACACACACACACACACACACACACACACACACACACACACACACAUACACACACACACACACACACACACACACACACACACACAAAAACACACAAACACACACACACACACACACUGAGCUGUCCAGUCUGAAUAAAAAUGUCCUUCUAGUGCUGAACUCUCACUAUGCUAACGAGCUUUAAAAAUCCGUGUCACCACACUAAUGAAUAUGCAUCAGCGGCCCAGUGAGGGUGACCUGUAGGGAUGGGACAGAGGUGUCAAGAGGUGGGGCAUCAGGAAUGAAGACUGCAGCUCCCCCGAGACCUGAAUGGACAGUAAAAUAACGCAUAUUCACCCAAAUCCAGAACUCACACACACACACUUACAAAAACACACACAUCAAUCCCAACCUCAUUGUGCCCCGCCUUCUCUGUUGUUUGCUCUUGAUCGAGCUUUCACACACCUGCUCUGCUUUUCUUGAAGUCUGAGGACUUGCGAGGGAACAAAACCUGAGGUGCAGCAGGUUAACACACUUUUGUUUUUGUGUGCUUCAGUCCAAAUUUCUCCUGUAUGUUUCUUGAUGUAGAAGGAAAACCUUUGGCUCCCAGGACAUCCUAGUACAGGUAAAUUUUAAAUCCACUGUCAGUUUUGCUGAGGAUGAACCAUAGAGCUGCACCGAGCACGUCAUCUUACCCCGCCAGCGCGCCAAACGCAACAGCAGCACCAGGCCAAAAACAACCUGGAGACCACGGUGCCAGAAAGUUCAUGAAUGAGAUCCGCAGCCUUCACAAGCCGUCCUGGGCUGUCGCCGCCCUUUGUGUUGUGAGUUUGUGCAUCGUGCUAUCAUGUGCUGUAUGCUUUUGGAAAAAGCGCAUAAUGAAGAAGGACAAGGACAUAGAAAAGGACAAGAAAAAGGAAAAAGUGAAAAACAAGGGAGGUUUUGACACUGAAAUGGAUGGGGGUUACAAUGAGCCCAUCAAACAUGAAAUUAAAGAAACAGAGCUGUUGGAAAACGAGCCCAAAGAAGACGAGAAGCUCGGCCGUCUACAUUUCACUCUAGACUACAACUUCACAGAAAACACUCUGGUGGUGGGCAUCUUGCAGGCCGCAGAGCUUCCUGCCAUGGAUGUGGGAGGCAGUUCGGAUCCCUAUGUCAAAAUGUAUCUGCUCCCGGACAAAAAGAAGAAGUUUGAAACCAAAGUUCAUCGGAAGACACUAGAGCCAAACUUCAACGAGACUUUUACUUUUAAGGUCCUGUACACAGACCUGGGUGGGAAGACGCUGGUGAUGACUGUGUACGACUUUGAUCGCUUCUCAAAACAUGAUGCUAUUGGAGCUGUGAAGAUACCAAUGAGCGGUGUGGACUUCAGCCAGUCUCUGCAGGAGUGGAGGGAUCUGCAGAAAGCAGAGAAAGAGGAAAGCGAGCGACUUGGAGACGUAUGUUUGUCCCUGAGGUACGUGCCCACAGCAGGAAAGCUGACGGUGGUGAUUCUGGAGGCCAAAAACUUAAAGAAAAUGGACGUGGGUGGAUUAUCAGACCCAUACGUGAAGAUCCACUUAAUGCAGAACGGGAAACGACUCAAGAAAAAGAAAACUACAAUAAAGAAAAACACGCUGAACCCUUACUACAACGAGUCAUUCAGCUUCGAAGUGCCAUGUGAACAGAUAGAGAAGGUGCAGUUAGCUGUGACUGUUUUGGACUAUGAUAAGAUUGGGAAGAACGAUGCCAUCGGAAAGCUGUUGCUGGGUGGUGACAGCAUUGGGACUGAGCUACGCCACUGGUCAGACAUGUUGGCUAACCCUCGGAGGCCAAUAGCACAAUGGCACAGCCUCAAACCAGAGGAGGACGUCAACACACUCAUUUCCAACAAGAAAUAAAGCUAAUCCACCAAGAAACACAAAAUAUAAGUUAGAAAUUCCUUCUUCUUUGUAAUGUCAUCAUAGUAAAAUGUUUAGCGGUAAAUCUACCCAAUGUUAUUUUGCUUCGGAACUCCAUGCUAUCUAAUUAAUACAGAUUAUGAGUCUUAAACCAUUUAAUAAGUCCCCAAUACUACAAAAAUAUUAUUUAAAACAUGUACAUAA